ACUAACACAGUGAUAUUCUGUUUUGAGAUAUUCUUGCAAAACAUAAAUGGAUAUUUAACAAACAAACAAUAUUGAAUUAAUCUGAAUACAAAUUUCAUUGAGGAAUUUCAUUCAUAAAAACGGACUUGACGCUGACAAACCGCUAUUGUACAAAUUGUGAUAGAAGUUGUAAAAGACUGUUCAGCGUGUUUUUCUGUGCAGUUUUUAAAUGUUAUAUUAAAAAAUGGACUUCUACAGUACACACAUAUCUGGAUGGAUGUAAAUGGAUAUACUAUGUAAUAAAUCGUUCCAAUCUGGCGCAUGAACAGAUAUCUGAUGAUCUUAGCGGAUAUAUACUAACAGAAAAGGAGCUCACCACCAAAAUAACACCGAAAGCACAAGGGCUUUCUUCUGAAGCUAUUUCCGGUCAAGCCGCCACCGUGACCAGUCGCGCGAGUUCGAGCCCGGUGCACGCGCCAACUACGUCUUCACUCAGGCCAGUGAUCAGCACAUGCGCAGACGAAUCCAUGUUGCUCUUACAACAACAGCCUAUCUACAGCGGCGUCCCUAGUGUGUCGUCGGAAUCCUUCCACCAACCAAUCACACCGCCGGCAAUCCCCGCCUCAAUCGGUAGUGCCGACGUCGGCGUCUUCCCGUCUUCUACGUUUAGUAUGGCGUUACAGGAUCUACAAGUCGGUGGAUCAUUCAGUGAGGAGGACACAUUCCGAUCAUUUUCCGGUGAUUUUGGCGGAAGCGGCGACGUGUGCUCAGCAGCAUCCGCCUCCUCAUUCCAGCCACCUAUCUUCACGGAACCCUUCAGCUACGAGGGGACCUUCAUGCUAGAAAAAGACCUAGGCAAAAUGGUAGGCCUCUUCCCCGAAGCGUCCGGACAAAUGCCGACGUCAACGGCGACUUCCGCUGGAGUGAAUACUCAAAAAUACAUGGACCCUUCCACAUUCGAUUUUCCAUUCCGUAGUUACACAGCCUCCUCGAGUGAUCAGUGCUGUUAUUCGAGCCACCCAUUCCCCGAGCACACGGCGACUUCCUCUCACGCGCCGCCACCGCCACCACCGCAUCAUCAUCACCAGCAGUCCUCAGAGAAGCUCUACCACAGGGACAGCUCCACGAUCGCUCCAUCGCCCAUAUCUCCAUUCUCUGCCCCCGAGGAUCUCUCCCAAUCUGUGUUCCCACAUUCCGCGCAUCAACAGCAAUCAUAUGGGGAACCCCUUGAUAGUAAACUCAACAUCAAUGUAAACAUUUAUCAGUCUCAUCAUCAUUCCCAGCAGCAACAACAACAGCAGCAACAUCAACUACAACAGCAGCAGCAUCAGCACCAAGCGUCUCAGGUCCACGGGCGCCACGUCCCCCACGCCGCCUUGGAGGAGACGUCAAUGAUGCGGCGCUCGGAAGGGCGACCCGGACUUUAUCAGGGAUACGGCGCGUCGUACGGUCAGGUGUUCUACGGCGGCCUUCAGGGAACGGAGCGGCAGGGCAUCGGCGGUCUGGAGACCGGAUAUCCACUCAUGGGCCGCUCAAUGUUCCACGCAGACGUUUCCGCGCAACACCCUGGCAGACAUUUUGGCCGGCGGCCGUCAUUGACCAUCCCCAUGCCAUCACACACUCCUGACAGUAUGGAACUCCAAAAAUACGUACAGUCACCGAAGACGCCGACGACCCCUAGCUCUACCCGGUCUUCUCCCGGAAGGGAAGGCCUCCAAAAGGAAAGUCUCCUCUGUGCCGUCUGCGGGGACAACGCCGCGUGCCAGCAUUAUGGCGUCCGCACGUGUGAAGGGUGCAAAGGUUUCUUUAAGAGAACGGUACAGAAAGGGGCCAAAUACGUAUGCCUUGCCGACAAAAACUGCCCAGUCGACAAACGCCGACGGAAUCGAUGUCAGUUCUGUCGGUUUCAAAAAUGUCUCGCGGUCGGAAUGGUGAAAGAAGUCGUACGGACAGACAGUCUUAAAGGCCGCAGGGGUAGGCUGCCAUCGAAACCAAAGAGCCCUCAGGAGGCCCCUCCCUCUCCACCCGUGAGCCUCAUUACGUCACUGGUGCGUGCGCAUGUCGAUACGUGCCCGGAUGUCCCUUCACUUGAUUACAGCAAGUACAAAGUGCCUAGUCCGGAAGACAGUCCUAUGGAUGAGGUGGACAGGAUCCGAACGUUUUACGAUCUCCUCCUUCAGUCCAUGGACGUUUUAAAGGCGUGGGCGGAUCGGAUACCGGGCUUUUCUGACCUCCUUAAGGAAGAUCAAGAGCUGUUGUUCCAAUCUGCGACAAUGGAGAUGUUUGUUCUCCGAAUUGCUUACCGGAUUCAGACAGGAGAUGAGAAAAUAACGUUCGACAACGGGCUUGUUUUACACCGACAACAAUGCUGGGAAAUGUUCGGUGACUGGAUCAGCUCCAUCAUGGACUUUGGUGUCUCCCUCCAUCGAAUGACCAUUGACAUCUCAUCUUUAGCGUGUAUGGCCGCUCUAGCCAUGAUAACUCUGCGACAUGGACUCAAGGACGUAAAGAAAAUGGAAGAACUCCAAAUGAAGAUCAUAGAUUGUCUCCGAGAUCACUGUACUUACAACGCUGAUGCCCAAAGAAAACCGAAUUUCUUCUCACUCAUACUCGGAAAAAUUGCAGAAUUAAGAUCUCUUAGUCGAGAGGGACAGGAACGCUUGAUAUUCUUCAAACUUCAAGGUCUAUUCCCAACCCCGCCAGUGAUAGAAAGUCUGUUCCACUCAAGCCAGCUUCCAUUUUGAAUAAAUUGACGAUGGAGCUCCACCUCUAUUUAGGCAUGCCACGAUAUUGCCGCACCCAUUGUUUUGACUCUCCCGUAACCACGUAAUUUACGUUACUUUAAAGGGAAAUGGCGUAUUAUGACUUACUCAUUUGUGUGUUAUACAAUGUUUUGUGUUUUAAAAGUACAAAGUAUACCUUAAAUCGCCCAGAAUCGACUCGAUGAUGUAUAACAUCACUUACAAAUGGAGAAAAAUAUGCUCUUCAGACACUUUGAGCUGAUCCAAUUUUAUGUGACAUGUACCUUUUUCUAGUCAAGUGUGUUUUAACCCGGUGACAAGACAACUUACGGAUUAGAUGAGUUUUAAUUUCUAGUCAACGUGGAAAUAAGCAAGACAAUGCAGCUCAGACAAACCAGACUAUAAAAUAGAAUAUAUGUGAAUAUUUAUUUUGUGUUCUUCAUAAACUUACACACGAGAAACUGGUUGGAGCAUUAGAAUCUGUGUAACUUAUUGCAUAUCACUUUACGAGUUAUUUGAUGUGUUUCAUGAAAUUAAUAUUGUAUCUUUGAACCGAUUUGUUUACUGUUUUGUAAAUUGGAGAAAAAUAAUCAUCAUCUACGGAUAUGUUGUAAGACCACUGUGUUACGUUUGUAGGUUCGUAUAAUACAAAAAAAUAUUUCCACCGAUGUGUGACUAGUCAUUCGUUCCAUUGUUUAUUGUAUUCAUUUACAUUGCUGACUGUAAUAUUGUAUGAAAUCGCUCAUAUAACUGGACUUCUGUUGUGUUGUUGUUUAUUCGAAAUGUGCUGCCUAAAUAUAGUUUAUGCUACAGUAAAAAAGUGCUUGCAUUGCCACUAUGUUCAUGAUUUUGUGUUUAUAGUUGAAUUUGUUAUUUAUUUUGUCUUGCAAAGUCAUGUGCUACAAAUUUAUUUGUUUUAUCUGUACAGUGAACUAAGUCAUUUUAUUUAUUUUCAAGUUUCAAUUUGAAUGUUGUGCCAAUGUUGUUUUGAUUUUAAUCAUAUUCAACAGGUUGUUAUAUAAUGUUUAAUGGUAAUAAUCUAUGUGUACUGUAAUUUAAUUAUGAACCCUUUACUAAUAUGAUAUUAUUAUUAUUUAUUUUGUUCCGACUGCAACGUUUGCUUUAUCAAGAAAUGUUUAUUCUAAUUACAAAACAUGAAUUUUAUCCAAACGGUUUGCCUGGGCCAAAUGGUCAGAGAUUUUCGGAAAAGUGACCUCGCGCAGGUGAGAACAAAAGUGCAUCUGUGGUUCUCUUGUUUUGAAAAAAUAGUGUCUUUCUUUCAUUAUAUCUAAACUUUAGUUAUAUAUCUAACCAGGAAGGAAACACAGAGGAGAUAGUCCUAUGAUGGUACGAAUCUAUCUUUGUAUUAUAUAUCAAAUGUAAUCAGACACUUACUCGGAGACAUUGUAUUUUCUGCACAUAUUAAUUAUAUAUUUAUUUAUUUAUACAUUCUAUGACGUAAUUGUCAAAUAUGUUCGUGAUAUGAGUCAUGUUUCAAAAUGUCAGGAUCAUCUUGCUAUUGAACAACGACCUGUGCUAUUAUUAUAACUAAUUGAUAUUGUUGUAAUUAAACUAUCAAUAUGCUAUACCUUGGGCUGGGCUUAUC